AUGCCGUCCUCAUGUAAAGAGAUCAGAGCCGCUCUCGCAGCAUGCCUACAGAACACAGACUGCAUCAUGGUCGACCGACACACUCCACUAGAAUGCCUGUCGUCUCCGCACCUUGAAACACUUCCAAUGCAAUGCCAGCAACUCAAACGGGGUUUCCGCGACUGCAAGCGCGGCAUGGUAGAUAUGAGGAAACGCUUCCGAGGCAAUGCGCCCAUCUCAACCAGUCUCGAGCUCGAGGGUGGCGGCGAUAAAGGAGGCCAGUUAUACGGUGGAAAGCCGGCGUUUGAUGUGGUGGAGAAAAUGAAGAAAGAGCAGCGUGGUGAGGUGGAAGGCCUGGGUUUCGAUGAGAGCAAGACGAGAGGCCUGUGA